CGUGAAAAUAGCAAAAGUACAGGGAAAGGAAAACACAGAAAAACAAGGAGAACCAUAAAAGAAGUCAUUUUUCUCGUUCGUUUUGCACAAGUCAGUGUAAUUCGGCGAAAGACCGCAUUGAUCAGAGUUGCGAAAAGCCAGUUGGAAAAUGAAAACCACGUAUUAUUAGCUUUUGUCUCAUUCGGAGGAAUUCAUCACGUCAUAGCUACAUAAUGAUCUGCAUUUGAAUUCCACUGUCGAUUGCUCAGCAGUCCGCGCAAAUACAUAUCAUGCCGAGCAGAAAUUUCAGCAUUGUCGAGUUUUUCGGUGGCGACGAGGAUGACUCGGAAGGGUCGAGUUGUGGCUACUGCAAAAACCACGGCAGUAUUUCCACCGGGAUGUGGGCGCAUAAUCUUUCAGUGCAGGAUUAUCAAGACCUCAUUGACAGGGGGUGGCGUAGAAGCGGAUGUUACUGUUACAAGCCCACCAUGAGCCAAACCUGCUGCCCAGCUUAUACAAUUAAGUGUGAUACGUCAAAGUUCCAGCUGUCGAAAUCGCAAAAGAAGGUAUUGAAAAAAUUCAACAAAUAUCUUCUAGAAGGACAAACUGUGAAGGAAGAAAAUAGUGAUGAUAAAAGUUCCCCUGCCAAUCAUUCGACAGCUCUAACUGACGAAACUUGCACCGACUUGCCUGAUUUGUCACUGAAGGCUGAGAGUAAACUACAAAGUAGUGGUUCUGUGAAUCCUAUUAACAUAACUUUUGUUGAAGCUGCUGUGCCUGAAAAUGAUGCCCAAGAAAAAUCUGCAGAAACUGUGAAAAGCAACAGUUUUAAGUCCACAGAAGAUAAAAAAGACUCAGGUUCCCUGAGACCUUGCAAGAAAGCCAAGCUGCUCAGAAAAGAGCGAAGAGUAGAGAGGCUGAAGAGCAAGGGUCUCAAUCCAGAGGAGGUGAAGUCAAAGCACAAUCAAGAGGUCAAAACUUUGGAGCAAUAUAUUGCGUCGGCUCCACAUUUCAAGCACAAGCUGGAGCUUCGCCUUGUCCAGUCCAAUCCUCCUAGCCCGGAAUAUGAAGCCACAGAAAAAGACAGCCACGAGAUUUACUGCAAAUAUCAAAUUUCCGUUCACGAUGAUCCACCGGAAAAAGUUACUCUGAAACAAUUCAGAAGAUUUCUAGUCGACUCGCCUCUGGAGGCGGAGGAAAAUGAAGAUGGUAUAAAGUAUGGCUCAUUCCAUCAGCAGUACUGGUUGGACGGGAAGCUGAUUGCUGUUGCUGUGAUUGACAUUUUGCCCAGUUGCGUCUCCUCUGUCUAUUUCUACUACGAUCCGGACUUCCGGUUUCUCACUCUAGGCACCUACGCUGCCCUACGAGAAAUCUCUCUGACUAGAGAACUGAAUAUCAAAAACAAAAAUCUUGUUAACUACUACAUGGGAUUUUACAUCCACUCCUGCCCCAAGAUGCGGUACAAAGGGCAGUACAGUCCAUCGUACCUACUUUGCCCAGUCUCGUACACUUGGCAUCCGAUUGCGAGAUGCCACGCUUUGCUUGAUAAGUCCAAGUACGUUGAAUUUGACGUAGAUAACACGGAGCGGAUUGUGGAUUAUUCAGACUUGAUGAAGAUGCUUGUGUUACAUGGGAGGAAGGCCAUGCCCUUUGGUGUGUACGCAGCUAAAAAAGGUGGUCUUAGCAAUGACGAGAUAUCAACUCUGAAGUUUUACAUCCAAUUAGUUGGCACCAUCUGUGCGUCAAGAAUGCUACUUUUUAGAGCCUAAUAUUCAAUUUACACAAUUUAUAUGUUUAAUAUAAUAUUUUUACCAAUUGCUGUUGUAAAGUCAUGACAAGAAUUAAUUGUAAUAAAACAUAUACUAAAA